UUAAGAAAAGAAAAGAAAAGAAAAGAAAAAUGGAAUAGGAGGGAGGGCGGGUAGAGAGGACGACUGGGCGACGGGAAUCUUACGGAAGAGACGGCAGAGUGAUAGUGGUUGAGAGCGAUAUCCCCUUCUUCUCUCUCACUCCCUCUUCUCCUUCAUCUCUUACCCACGUACACCAACCAAUAUUCUCUCCCUAAACUCCAUCUAAAUCAUGAACCAAGAUUCUCGCCGCCCCACCAAUCAUCCUCCACCUCCAAUUGUCAAGCUUGAAUCUACAGAUGAUCGCAAACCCUCAUCUCCCGCUCCCCUCUCCAAGAAAAUCGUCAUCAAGAGCGCCGAUAUGUUCACUGACAUGCAGAAGGAGGCUAUUGACACUGCCAUAGCCGCAUUUGAGAAACAUUCCGUUGAGAAGGAUAUUGCCGAACAGAUAAAGAAAGAGUUUGAUAAGAAUCAUGGACCCACCUGGCAUUGCAUCGUCGGUCGUAAUUUUGGAUCUUAUGUAACACACGAAACAAACCAUUUUGUUUACUUCUACCUCGAUCAAAAAGCAAUUCUACUUUUCAAAUCUGGUUGAGGAUUGUUGUCCCCUUGAAAAAGAUGCCACCAGCAACUACGCUUAGCAGCACCCCUACCCUCAACUUUCUUAGGCAGGGGAGGAAUUUUGGGGCCUUUGUUCUUGAAAAUUAUGGUUGAGUCAUGAGUGUGUUGUAAUAUUAAUACAAGGAUCUGUAGUCUUGAAUUUUUGUUUUAUAUUUUCAGUUUUGCUUAAUUUGGUAAAGGCAUGUUUGUUUGCUUGUUUGACAAAUGUUGUUAUUCAAAUAAUUAACUUUGAAAACAGCUAUUUUUUUUUCUUC